AUGGAAGAGUUGAACGAGUCCCAGUCCUCACCCGCUUCUGCGUUCGAGAAGGACGCAUUUGAGCUGACAGUGGAAGAUGUUUAUGACAUUUCAUACGUCAUUGGCAGAGAUUUGCUGAAAAUAAGUAAUACAGGUGAGGAAGUCUCAGAUUUGCAAUUCAAAAUUGUGCGUGUUUUGGAGAUGUUUGAAACGUUAGUGAAUAAGUACAACCUAUCGCUGGAGGAGUUGAAAAUGGAACGAGACAACUUGAAAAGUGAACUGGAUAGAAUCGUGAGAGAAAGUUCUGCGGGGCAGGAAAAGGUGAGUUAGAUUUUUUUUAGACCAGGAAUCUUUAACAGUUGUGGACAGAAUCGAUACAUUUAGUUUUCCAUUAUGUGGUCAUCUCUAACUGGACUAGGUUCUGUCAGGGUAUGUAAAGGUUGUUUUAUGUUUCACUGGGUUGCUAUACACUCUACUUUCCAACAUACAGUUGUGUGGACUCCUUUUUUUAAUGAGUUUAUGCCUUUAAUCAAUAUCUUCUCUCAGCAAACACUAGGACCAAACAAACUGGUGGUAGACAUGAAAGAUCCCAACAGACCACGCUUCACAAUGCAGGAGUUGAAGGAGGUGCUUCAGGAGAGGAACCAGCUCAAAGCCCAGCUACUGGUGGCCCAAGAAGAGUUGCAGCUCUUCAAUAGGUAGAAUACAGAGCCAGACCUGACCAGUCCCCCAACCAACAUGUACACAUAUUUAAAGGGAAAAUGUGUCUUAAGAAGUGCCUGAACCUCUGACUUAGUGUUGGACAGUCUGUCAAAGUGUGCACCUCACUCAGGGAGAGUGAGGUAGAGCUACGUCACAAAGGUACGCGCCCCUCAUUGCAGCGCUAGAUAUAACUUUGUGGAGUACAGCAAAUCUACGGGAAAAAAAUUAACGUUAUGUUACAGCGAACAUACUAAAGCCCAAUCAAUUGUGAGAUAGGACAUAUACAUUUUGUGUGAUAGAUUUGGGUCAUAGGUUCAGAAUGUUACAUUUUCUGAGAUUUCUGCUAAGCAAGCAGGAAACAGCAGCCUGUGGGCUUGCUGCGUGUGCAACACACACACGAGGGAACUCCUCAUAAACAACACUGUCACUGACCGUUUUCAAAAUAUCACCCAACAAAACAAGCCUUUUACUAUAGGCAUAAUUGUCAGAAGCCAUUUCUUUAAUUCAAUGCCUUUCUCUGCAGCCUAAACCAAGCAGAAAAUGCCGGAGUCCCGUGCGUGACAACACACAACUUUAGUGCUCAAGAAAUGUAUACUGAAGCAAACAUUUCACCCACCAGCCAUAACAGAACCGCCAGAACCCUUCACCUGCUUUCAAUUUACUUUGUAUGUCUGUCUAGAACAGGGAUGGGCAACUAGCGGCUUUUGUAGGCCCGCGGAUCAAUUUAACAAGACAACAUUUUUUACUCAGUCAGGGUCUCAACUUACUGUUGAGAGUUAGAAUAGUAGAAUACACAAGUUGCAAUUUCGAAAUUUGGUUGUGCAUCAGCAGUUUUCCUGUUAUGUCAAUCACUGACCAUCACUCAAUUAGGCCAUGUCAGCGAACAUUUUUUAGAUUGAUAAAUUAGUCUGGCGGCCAGCUAUCUAAACUUGUUAAAUAAUGGUCGAAUUACCGAACGGGGGGCCCCCAUUGAUUUUGUUAGUCACUCUCACUCAGAUCAUAUUAAAAACUGCAAACCUUUUUCUCCACCCUAUGGCAAAAUCAACAAGCUCUCACAGUCUCACUGCAGACAUAGACUUUUAUCCACGUUUCUCUAAAUGUCACAUUUUGAAGUGUUUUUGACACCCAUGGUUGCUGCUGCUGCUUUGCAUCGUUCCACUUCUCCAAACAUCAAAUUUCGAAGCUGCUGCUCUGUAUCGUUCCAUUUCUCCAAAGGUCAACUUUCAAAGUUACGUUUUGCUGGCAAGGUGGAGGGGAGGCCACCAAACAAAAUUUCACUUAAGGCCCCUAAAAGGCUAGGGCCGGUUCUGACUGCAUGUGUGGGUAUGGAUGUGGGUACUCAGACCUGUGAGCCACUGCGGCCCCCCAUGAUGAGUUCAGAUUUUUUGUGGCCCCCACCACCGUCAAAGUUGCCCAUCCCUGGUCUAGAAACUGGGCUAGAUUAGCUACCCCAUAAUAGGCUAUGUGAGUGAACGUUUAUGAAGACAAGCGGAUGGAUGGAUUCGGAUGGAUGGUUGACAUGACAAAGGUAUGCAGAUAUAUUCUUAUCUAAAAAGGUGGGUGAAAUGUUUGCUUCAGUAUACAUUUCUCGAGUGAUAAAGUUGUGUUGUGUCGCACAGGACUUGCGCAUUUUCUGCUUGGUUUAGGCUACAGAGAAAGGCAUUAAAGAAAGAAAUGGCUUCUGACAAUAGGUCAACAUUAAAAGGCUUGUUGGGUGAUGUGGUAAAGUCUGAUGUAUUUUGAAAACUGCCGGUGACAAUGUUGUUUUACGAGUUCCCUCGUUCGUGUGUUGUUGCAUGCGCAAUAAACCCACGGGCUGCUGUUCCCUCUUGCUUGGCAGAGAUCUCAGAAAAGGUACAAUUGUGAACCCGUGAAUGUUUGUGGUAUCUUAAUUGAUUAGGCUUCCCGAAUUUACACUGAACAAAAAUAUAAACGCAACAAUUUCAAAGAUUUUACUUAGUUACAGUUCAUAUAAGGAAAUCAGUCAAUUGAAAUAAAUAAAUUAGGCCCUAAUCUAUGGAUUUCACAUGACUGGGAAUACAGAUAUGCAUCUGUUGGUAGAUACCUUAAAAAAAAAAAAAAGAGGGGCGUGGACAUGGGGCCAUGCAUCAUCAUGCUGAAACAUGAGGCGGCGGAUGAAUGGCAUAACCAAUGGGCCUCAGGAUCUCGUCACGGUAUCUCUGUGCAUUCAAAUUGCCAUCGAUAAAAUGCAAUUGUGUUUGUUGUCCGUAGCUUAUGCCUGCCAAUACAUAACCCCACCGCCAUCAUGGGGCACUCUGUUCACAACGUAGACAUCAGCAAACCACUCGCCCACACAACGCCAUACACGCUGUCUGCCAUCUGCCCGAUACAGUUGAAACCGGGAUUCAUUCGUGAAGAGCACACUUCUCAAGCAUGCCAGUGGCAUCGAAGGUGAGCAUUUGCCCACUGAAGUGGGUUACGACGGUGAACUGCAGUCAGGUUAAGACCCUGGUGAGGACGGUGAACUGCAGUCAGGUUAAGACCCUGGUGAGGACGACGAGCACGCAGAUGAGCAUCCCUGAGAUGGUUUGACAGUUUAUAUUGGCAAAGGAGAAAUGCUCACUAACAGGGAUAUAAAAAUAAGCUUUUUGUGCGUAUGGAACAUUUCUGGGACCUUUUAUUUCAGCUCAAACAUGGAACCAACACUUUACAAGUUGCAUUUAUAUUUUUGUUCAGUGUAUGUUUGCUGACGGAAUGUGAUUUCUGUCAGUAGAUUUGCUGUAUUCCUCAGUUAUAUUUUGCGCUGCAGCGAGGGGGAGGGGCACUUUGAGAAAGUCCAACACUAAUUCAGAGAAGUUUAGGCAGUUAGACAUAUGCCAAAAUUUGCCGUUGUUCCCCUUUAAUGUAGUGCUCUGUACUUGCAGUGGGAUGCUGCCACAGGGCAAGCAAGCCAUGGUAGAGGUUGACCUGGAAUCACCAUCCUCUUCGGAACCUGUUCCUGACACAACAGAUGAGACUAAAGAAGAGGAACCAAGAGAGGAAAAGACCACCAUCAGAAAGCUGUAA